AUGAUCAUCAUUGGGUUUAGUCAAGCAAUCAAUAAUGAUUUAUUUUCAUCAUCAAGCGAGGAUAACAAUAAUCAUCCAAUAUAUCGUCGUAAUUCGAAAAAAGUAGCUCAAAUGCUUCAACAAAUGUUACAACGCGGUGAAAUGCAAGUUCAACCAUAUCGUAUUCAUGAAUUUCUUCAUCGACUUCAUCGCCGAGAAGCAAAUGAUUAA